GUUUUGUGAAAUAAAUCAGUAUUUGUAUAACAUCCUGUCUGCAUUUUAAAAGCAUCCUGUGUUAGGCUACAACCUCACUGUGUGUGUGGAAAUGGACAUCACCAUAGAUCUGAAUGAUGCCGUUGUUCAAUGCGUCUGACUCUCACUCAGUCACUCUCUCCUGACCACUGAGUAUAGCAGCGGCUGAAGCGAGCCUCCAAGGGGAGGGCAACAUGUCAUCAAGCCGCUGCUUUCCUCCUCUCAACUGCAGAUGAUGCGUGCAUGUGAGUGAGCUACUGAUCGUUUGAAGAAGUUACUCCCUCCCAGCCCCUGCUGGUAGUAGUAAACCCUAAUUGGGCGUACGGUCUUUUGAACAAAUUGAGCCUCGAUCGGAACCUACUGGCCGUGGCUUCCUCUCGCUUCAACUGGCUGCAGUUCAGAAGGACAGGAGCAGAGAGAAGCAGUCAGGAGUCCUAGCUGCAGUUGACUGUGGCUCAGAGAGACAGGGAGAGCAGGCAGCUCGGGAGCCAGAGAGUGGUCACUCAGAGUGGGCAGCACUAUGGAUCCGGGGGUGUGCGCUAUGGAACUCCUCGGGGUCUUCUUCUCUAUUGGUGCCUGGAUCUGCUCGCUGGCCACCACCAUCAUGUCCACCUGGCUGACCCUGUCCACAGACCUGCUGCCCGCGGAGAGCUACGAGCUGGGCCUGUGGGAGACAUGUGUGGUGCAGGACCUUGGAAUUCUGGAGUGCAGACCCUAUGACAGUCUCCUUGGCCUGCCUCCGGACAUCAAACUAGCCCGGAUCCUCAUGUGUGUAACAGUGGCCACGGGCCUCCUGGGUCUCCUGCUAGCCAUUCCUGGAAUCUACUGGAUCAACAGCUGCAACCAGGGGUCUGAGGGUUUGAGGGUGAAGAGAUUGAUGAAGAUGCUGGGGGGGAUAUUGUGCUUGGUCGCAGGGAUACUGGGUCUCAUACCUGUGUCUUACAUCGCUCACCUGACGGUCAUGCGGUUCUUUGAUGAGGCCGUGCCGGCCAUUGUGCCGCGCUGGGAGUUUGGGGAUGCCCUGUUCUGUGGCUGGACGGCGGGGUUUCUACACCUGGUGGCUGGCUCUCUGCUGGUCACCUCCUGCGUGUGCCUUCAAGAGGAGCCCUGCACCUUACAAAUGCCUAUACCGCUACAGAGAAGACAUACACACGUACACAGCACCAAUACCCCACAUAGGAAAAGGUCCAUGGAAUAUGUUUGAUGAGCUAUUGAAGUGAGAACAGUAUUCUCACAGUAUUCUCAGUAGCCUCUGCCCUCUCUCUAUCGAUGGUGAAUAAAACACUGCUUAUCUAAAGCUUUUUCAUGCUUAUUUACAUUAGCUAUAGUUAUUGAGUACUCUUGCUGGGACAAAUCUUUCUUCAUAUUCUGAGACAGAAUUUGCACAUAAUGGUGGUACUUAUUUCAAUCACUCAAACAGGGUUUGGUGCAUGUCAUGUUUGCAAAAAUAUCACCUACAUUUAUCAAACAGAAAUUCUUGAUGGAACCAAAGAGACUACAGCUUUAAAAGCUGCCAUUUCUUCCUUGGUACUGUGUAAGAGAUAGUGUGCAAUGGUGCCAGAGAAUUGGAUGACAAGCAGUAUUUUGUCUGUGAAAUGGCUGUAAAACUAUUCUGGCCAAGGUUGAUUAUUCUGUAUGUCAAUGAUUGUCUUGAAUAUCAUAUCUUAUCACAAUACAAAUUAUUUUUUACAGCAUCUGUCAUCAUUAUUGUCCAAUAACUACAUGAAGCCAGAUUGAAUGAAGCUGAUUUCUCACUAGCAAGGCCAUGAAGCCAGAUUGAAUGAAGCUGAUUUCUCACUAGCAAGGCCAUGAAGCCAGAUUGAAUGAAGCUGAUUUCUCACUAGCAAGGCCAUAAAAAAUGUAUCCCUUCUUAUAGCCUACACAGUUACUCAAUCAACAACGCAUUACAGGAAUAAUGAAUCAUACAAAUUGUAAAUAGAACAAAUAGAAAAGGUAUAACAUUAUAUUGUAGAAACCAAGUAAGAAUUAAUGUGAGGAAUGUACUAAGUAUUUGGGAAUGUGUGUUUUAAAUGGUGAAAUAUAAGGACUUGAUUGCAACAACUUGACAAGACAAUGACUUCAUGGAUAUUUGAGGAUCCGAUUGUAUUUGUUUCAUUUCUGCUGAAAUUUCCACUAUACAUUCUCUCUAGUUAGAGGCCAAUAUUACUGAUUUGCCACAUACAUUAUAUCAGAUAUAUAUCAAUAUACAGGUACAUUAUCUUGUAUAUUCCUCUGUAGUGGUUCUGACUCUGAAUUGAUCAGAUAAUAUAGUGCCACAGGGCUACAUAUCCUAUAUCAGUUAUAGCCAUAGUGUGGAGAAAUCUGUACAUAAAAAAAGUUGAUAUUAUCAAAUAAAGAAAAAACCUGA